AGGGAUGUGUGUGUGUGUGUGUGUUAUUUACAUUGUGGUGUCCGGGUGGCUGCUCACACGUGCCGCUGCCUGUCUUCUUUGUCCUGCUUCACAGCUUCACUGACUGCCAUGGGCACUGCCUACAGGGAGAGGAGCUGACUGCUGCCUUUGCCAUUUCCUAAUAUUGCACCCCUUGCAGCAGUCUUCUCCAGCAUCUAGUCAAUGCAUCGCGGGAGGAGUGUUUUGCGCGUCUUCCGAGGCACAAUGACCGGAUUCCCGUAGGCGAUACCCAGCGACUUUUGCCCACCUGGAAGAUGCUAAGAUGAAGCAUCUUUUGAGCGUUUCCUUUUGGGCUCCGGCCGGACUGGUUUCUUUUGGAUGAUGCGCAGAAGGGUUCUCGGUGUCUUUAUGUUUCACCCUGAUUUGGAAAACCCCCAUCCCAACAGGAGAUCCAUGCCCCGGUUUGUGUACCGCUGUCAUCAUGUCCCCAGCAUCGGCUGCAACGGCCAGUGAAAGCAGCACCACCACCGUCCCCGAAGAGGAGUCGGACAGCCCCCGAGAGGAGCAGCGGCCCCAGAAACAGUCCCUGACUAAAUCCUUGUGUCAGGAAACUCACUGGAAAUGCCUGCUGCUGUCACUGCUGAUGUACGGCUGCGUCGGGGUGAUCGCCUGGUGCCAGGUGACCAAGGUCACACGCCUCUCCUUCGACAGCGCGUACAAGGGAAAGUCUAUGAUGUACCACGACAGCCCCUGCUCCAACGGCUACAUCUACAUCCCUUUGGCCUUCCUGGUCAUGCUCUACGUGGUCUACUUGGUGGAGUGUUGGCACUGCUACACCAGGAACGAGCUGCAGUACAAGGUGGAUGUGGACAGUGUGGCGGAGCGCAUCCAGCGAAUGCAGCAGGCUACGCCCUGCAUCUGGUGGAAGGCCAUUAGCUACCAUUAUGUCAGGAGGACGCGACAGGUAACGCGCUACCGUAACGGAGAUGCCUACACCACCACGCAGGUCUACCACGAGCGAGUCAACACCCACGUGGCUGAGGCAGAGUUUGACUAUGGGAACUGUGGGGUUAAGGACAUCUCGAAGCACCUGCUGGGCCUGGAGGGCUUCCCCAUCACCAGGCUGAGGUUCACUAAGUGCUUUAGCUUUGCCAAUGUGGAGUCAGAGAACUCCUACCUGACCCAGCGGGCCAGGUUCUUCACAGAGAACGAGGGCCUGGAUGACUAUAUGGAGGCCCGUGAGGGGAUGCACCUGAAGAAUGUAGACUUUAAGGAGUAUAUUAUUGUCUUUUCUGACCCUAAUCAUCUUCCCUGGUACGCAUCCAACUCCACUUUCUGGGCAGCAGCUGCUUUCACCCUCUCAUGGCCUCUGCGGGUGCUGACAGAGUACCGCACUGCCUGUGUACACUACCACGUAGAGAAGCUGUUUGGCUUUGACUAUGUGCCAGUAACACCAUCUGAGGAGCGGCCGUAUUGCCGACACAUCCCACGAGUCAACACAAUCGACAGCACGGAGCUGGAGUGGCACAUCCGCUCAAACCAGCAGCUAGUGCCCAGCUACUCAGAGGCAGUUCUCAUGGACCUGGCCCAGCUCUCAGGGAGCUGCAACAGCUACUCCAUAUGUGGAGGCUACGGUAGCUACAGGCAGAACUGUGAACGCUGCCACCGUGCCAUCAGCAGCUCCUCCAUCUUCUCUCGCAGCGCCCUCAGCAUCUGCAACACAGGGAGCCCCCGUAUCCCCUUCAGCGCUAGCCGCUUCUCGCUGGGUCGGUUGUACGGCUCCAGGCGGAGCUGCCUGUUCAGGAGCAGCGGGAGCCUGAAUGAGCAGUCCUGCCCCACAGAGAGCACGCGCUGUCUGUCAGGCCAGCAGACCAGUGAGGAGAACCCUCCAGCCUACCAGGAUGCUCUGUACUUCCCAGUGCUUAUUGUACAUCGCAACGAAGGCUGCCUCAACCACGACCACCACUCCCUGCACAGAAACGGCUCCUGUGUGGAGACUUCUCUAUGACCCACAACUACCAGACUUACCUGAGCAAGGAAUAUAAUGAUACAGGAACAGAGUGAGAGACCUCUUUACAUCGUGGUUGGACUAAUAUUGACUUCUGCUUCUCCGUUUUACAAGAGAGGUAACUCAGUCACCUACAAGUUACCACAAACAAGGAUUUGUUCAAGUUUCUAAAGAUGCUGUAGCCUCAAACAAAGAGGAAAAGAAUAUCCGGGAAAGUCCUUACAGUACAGUCAGUAAGUCAAGGAAAAACAGACUUGAUGCUAUUGAUGAGAAACUGCCAAAAUGUCGUACUGUCCUGCAGCAUUCAUGAGGACAAGAGUCAAAAAACCAAUGAAUAACAAGGGGAGUCACAUCCUACUGUGAAUGCCAUAUUUGCAGAUCUUAGUCACAGACAAUUUACAAGGACAUGAGUAACAUUUUCUAGUAUUUGAAGCCUGAUAUAAGUUUUGACUCAGCAGUAGCCUAAGAAAUUUCAAAGAAAUGAAAGGGAUAUGACAUUUAAUGGACGCCUGAAUGAUAAAUGACGUAUUGAUGAAAUAUUGAGAAAAUCAUAGACACACACAUCAUGUGAGUCAUGUGAAUUGGGUGAAUUAUGAGGGGAAAUGCAAAGAUAUAUAAGCCUCCUUGUCAAAGCAUAAUUAACAAGACUAAAUAGUUUUGCUGAAAUAAAUUACAUGUCUUAUGGCUCUUAUAAAGUGAAGUUAACUUCUAACAGCUAAACAUCUGCAUGUGAAACUUUUUGAUACUGGCUGAUUUAAAUCUGUUCAUUCAAAGUCAGUGCUCAUGGAAAUGCAUUUAAAAAGAAACACAUUUCCAUAGUAUAAAAAUAAAAGUCUGAUGCAGAUGCUGAAAUAUUAAGUUAGCUGAAAUUGGCUUGGUGGCAAUGACAUUAUACUUCCUGGCUUGCUAAAUAUAGCAACACAGUCGAUGAAUAAUUUAUUACAGGUUGGCUAAAGGACACAAGAACUUCAAACUGAAUCAACAACACUUCUUCCAACUGUUUCUUAAUUACUAUAAACUGUACAUUUUGUAUAAUGGCCAGCUAUGUAGUAAUAAACCUCACUAUAAUAUUAAUAGAUCAGUUUCAAUUCAGCUGAUUUAAAACCUCAAAGUUCCAUUUAAUUUCAUAUUUGGCAAUUUGUAUUCAGCCUACCUCUUUAUUUAAGUGCCUAGCAAUCAACUGUUACUGACAAGCAUAAGCUAUUAUAACUAAAGUCAUCUCAUCUCAACAUGUUCCCAUUAAAACAAGUCGAAUUUACACUCAUAAUAGCACAUGGUAUACAAUGCAUAGGAGAAACAUGUUGUAUUACCCAAUCUCGUUAUUGUUUAAAAUACACAGGGUUUUAAGAAUCAGGUCCAACAUGUUUUUCAGAUGAUUUUCCUCAUAUUAUAACACAGCUCUCGUAAUGCCUACUGAUGCUGCUGCUGACGCAUAUCAGAGAGACAGCCAGAGAGCUGACCAUCAAAGACGCUAGAAAUAGGCGGAGGCCUGGAUUCACUACUGAUAGUGUCAGAUUUAAUAAUAUUUAAUAAUUUAAUAAUAUUACUUUAAAGAACUAAAAAAAUACUUUCUCUGAUAUUAGUGCAUGCAGUAUCUUAGUCAUGGUGAAUUUUAUUUCACAGCCAAGCAACAAUAAAUGUUUAAUGAUAAUCAGGCAUGCCAGAACUUUUGAAACAAAUUGUAUGUUUAGCUCAUUUUAACUGUAAAAUCCCACAGCACAACUCAUCACUCAAAGUGUGCUUUAUUGCUUCCAUUCCCUCAAUAUUUGUGAAUGGUUUUAAUCUUAAGGGACCAAAAUAAGCACAGAUCUCAUUCAAGAAGAAGGAGUUAUUUAUGUACAAAGCAGUGUUCAUCUCAUGAGACCUGCAGUGAAAGAUAAACUGGCAUGGAUCACUUUCCACCAUUAAGACCAUGAAAACCAUUAAAAUGUCUAAGAGUAGUAAAUAUCAGAAUCUUGCCUGUGGUCAGACAUUUGAGUUACUUCCUGUUACAACGUCUUCACAAUAAUGAUCCUGUACUGUAAAUUGUGACCAAUUAGCCAUACUCAUUACAUUCCAUGUGUGGCGUUAAGUUUGGAGUUGCGGACUAUCUUUAUAGCAAUACUAAAGAAAACACUGAGGCAUGAUAAAAACACAGAUCCUAUCAAACCUCGCAAUUCAUUCAACAAAGGAUGAAAACAUUCUGUAAACUGUUUAAAACUGUUUUCACCACUCACAGGUCAUCUAUGCAAGCCCCUAGAACUCAGGAUAGUAUUCAGGGCAAAGAUUCUGCUUUGCAACAACAUCCAGACUUUAGGUUCAGGAGGCAGUUAUGCAGACACUUUAUUUUGCUUUUCAAAGGCUUCAGCUAGGAUCAGCUUCAUAAUAAUCGGAUCGUUUUUAAAUGAGGGGUUUGCAAACACAGGAUGUUGAACCAAACUGACGCAACAUUACUAAUGUUCUCAUUGCAGUUAACAAAGGGAAAGGUACAGGAUUUUGGUUGCACCAGGUGUUCGUAAAUCCAUUUCUAAAUCUUCCUAAGUUCUUAGUAACUACUGGCUAGUUUCAAGUGAUUUACUAAAUCGGGUUGCACCAUUAAAACUUAAGGAAUGUCUUAGCAAGUAAAAACAUUUGUAACGUGUAACUUGGUUAACGUUGGUAACAUAACAGUUUAACAUAUAACGAUAUUGAAUUGCUAAUCUUUUGUACAUGUGUAGGUAUGACUUUGUUGUCUUUUAAUUUAUAUCAGCAUACAUGGAGAAAUAUACAGUAUGUGUUUCAGCCUUAGUAGUAUUGACACAAUUAGAGAGAGUUGGAAAUGUGAGAUUACACAACCUAACCGUUAUUUAGUCAUUGAUAUAAUGUUUUGUAAAUGUUACUCUUCAAUAUAAAUAGAUCAUGUAUUAACAAGUUAGUUUGGUUAGUUGGUUCAGUUACAGCUACACCUGGCAGUUAGUUGGUGAAAGUAUUUAGUAACAACUAAUCUCUACUUAAGAACUACUUUGUGUGGUGCAACCCAUUUUAAUUAAGUGAUGUGUAAAUCUCCACUUAGAAAACUGUUGCGAUAUAACACGACCAAGUUUGAACUUACGAACAGCUGGGGCAACUGACUCCAGGUCCUGGUGUUCAUGACACUUAUGUAUUGAGAUCUCUCUUAGAAUGUUUAAGGAAUAGUUUAUAUGUAGACAUUUUAGGAAAUACGCUCAUUCGCCUUCUUGCUGAGAGUUACACGAGGAGAUCAAUACCAUUCUGAUGUCUGCAUUAACUGUACGCUACUGACAGCAGCCGGUUUGCUUAGCUUUGCAUAAAGACUGGAAAUGGGGAAACAGCUAGCCUGACGUCUAAACAACAUCCAACUGUCAGCACCUCUAAAGCUCACUAUUUAACAAGUUUUAUCUCAUUUGUUUAUUCUGUAGAAAAAUGUGCUGAACUAUAACGUGUUAAUUAGUGAGCUUUAGAGCUACUGGUAGGUAGAUUUCGUUUCCCUACUUUUCCCGUUUCCCCCGGCUUCCAGUCUAAGCUAAGCAAAGCUAACGGGCUGCUGGCUAUAUUAGCCUUAUAUUUGCCAAAUAUGAGAGUGGUAUUGAUCUUCUCAUCUAACUCUCAGCAAGAAAACAAAUAAGUGUAUUUCCAAAAAUGUCAAACUAUCCCUUUAAUGGUUUAUGGGUGGUGUAUUACGCAACCUUUUUGAGCAAUAUGAACAGCAUUUUUUAAACUAGCAUGAAACCAAAUUAGACAUAUGAAUGGAAAUUCAUUCAUAAAUUCAUUCAGUUUCUUUGUCCAGUUAUUUCUGAUUCUGAGUCAUGAAGGGCUGGAUCAUAUCCCAGCAUGCAUUGGUCAGAAGGCAGGGAAUUAUGUACUGUCCCAUGUACUGUUGGGUAAAGUGUGGAACCAUAAGGAAACCACAAGGAAGAGCAUGUAAACUCCACAAGGGAUUAAAAAUGACAGUAUAUAAUAGUAUAGAAUUAUGGAUUUUAGUCACUGUUUUAUACUGAAUUCAUCACAUCAUCUAAUUCAUGAUUAGCCAACAAGCCUCUCAGAUGGCUUCACUGUGAUAUCCAUACAUAGUCAUGUGUAAGAAUAGAAAAAUGUGUUUACCAGUGCAAUGUUUACGUAACAGCAGUGACAAAAAAAAAACUAUUUGGGUUUUCAAAAUGGUUAUAAAUCUGACUGGAAGGUUCAUAACUAGACAUUUUUCCUCCAUAGAUGACUGUUAGCAUAAAGGCUUUUGUCAUGCAAAGCACUGAACCCUUUAUCAUGUGUAUUAAGUAGAUUAGGUUGUUAUGACAUGCACUCUUUCACUCAAGAAUGCUCUGGGGUUUGUCUUUUUAUAUUUAAAUAAUUUUGUGGAUUUUUCAAGCCUGUAGGGCAGAAAGGAUUUGUACUGUAAAUAAAAUGUCGAUGUCGAUGUAGAUCUUGUGAUUAGCUGAAUGUGUCACGCGCACUUAGAGGUAACUGAAGCAGGGACAUUUUUGAUGUGCAGAUGUUAAUUAGUGAGCUUGUUAAGUCACAAAUGGCAAUAUAAUCUGUUCUAAAAUGUUUCAGGCAACACAGCCAAAAGCAUCCUUGUGCUGCUUUUCUUUUACUAUUUUGAAUGAUUUUUGUUUCCCUUUAAACCCAUUUUAACAUUUUUAAAAUCAUUUUUGAUACACAUUUAUUUAGCUGAAAAUGGUGUAAGAAUGACCAGACUGACACAUAAACACAAACACAUCUUUUUAAGGAAAAGGGUUGAGUGAUUACUGAUCUAAAGAAUAUAAGUAUUCUAUCAUAUGUAGAUUGCUCUAUGUACUAGUCCACCAUCAAAUUACAGAAUAGCUUUGCCUCUCUUCAUAUGUGUCUAGAAAACAACAUUUUGCAAGAUUAAAAACUGGGAAAACAUGAUAUUAAUCACACUAAAGAUGCUUUGUUGCUGCCUAGCAAAGGUUUUACUACUAUACUAUUAGCCAGUAGAUAAUAGGUAGAAGAAAAGUCUGUAUGUAUUCCAACACUACCACAACGUUGCCUUGAUGUUACAUAAGGACUGAAUACCAAAUCUGUGCAUCAAAAUGAAAAAAAGGCUCCUCAAUAAACUGAAAUGCUCACUAAAA